AGCUGAACUAAACUUGAAAAAUACCUACACUGGUCUUAUUUUAGCUAGAGAGAUAACUACCAUUGAGUUUCAUUGGUGAUUUGACAUGUUACUGAAACAUAAGAUUAGCAAACAGUUUUUAAGACUGCUUUUCCACAUUCAGAAAAUUGCUGACGUUAUCAAGAUGGCCAUCAAGAAGGGACUUUUUGUGCAUGUGGAGGAGCGAGAGGCUCUCAUCCUGGAACUACAGGAUGUCAUCACUGAGCUACACCAGGAGAUGUCUCUGAAAGAACAGCACGAGCUCAAGCAGCUUCAACAGCUCCUUCAGCUGGAGACCAGAGUCAAAGAGCUUCAAGAGCAGGUACAGGGUUCAGAGGAGACUAUAGCUCAGCUUAGACUAGAGCAACAGAGCAACAGCGGCAUGUUGAAUGUUGCUUCCCUUGAUCUUGCUACCCUCAGAGGAACAGAGCUUCUGAAGACUGAGUUGUCACGUCGGGACGCGAGCAUCCAAAGGCUCCGGCAAGACCUGCUCCUCUCUCAUCAGGCCCGUGACGCCCAGAGCGUUCAGCUGGACGUCCAAGAGCAGAGACUGUGGGAUCUGCAGAGAGAGCUGCAAGAAAGCCAGCAGGAGCUCCAGAAGGGACACGACCGCAACCAGCAGCUGCACAGGCAGCUACAAGAUGCCAGGAAGCAAGAUCAGGCUCAGCUCUUGGAUGUGAAAGGGAAUCUGGUGAAGCUGCAGGUGGAGAAUGAAGCACUACUGGAAAUCAAACGACACCAGGCCACUGAGGUGGACAGAGUCACUGCGGAGCUUAGUUCGGUUCAGGCCACGGCAGAGCAAAAGAGCAAAGAGGCCCAAGAAGCUAGAAAGAAAUGCCACGAACUGGAGGAUGAGCUGUCUGUCGUCCGAGCCCAGCUGAGCCAGUGCCGGAAAGGGACUCAAGAUGCCACGGCUGAGCAGAUCCAGCGGCUGGAGGAGGAAGUGUCCAGGCUGAAAUCUCAGCAUAGUUCAGUCAGUCAGCAGGAAUGGCGUCGGCUCCGGAGGGCACAAGAGGAGCUGAAAGCGAGAGAAGAGGAGUGGAAGAAAGAGAGAUCCUUCCUUCAAGAGCAGCUCAAUAGCGUCAGAGAGGAGCUCCACCGCGCCAACCUCAGGGAAGAAGAGCAUCGGCUGAAAGUGCUGCAGAUUGAUGAACUCCAAAGAGAGGUUGACAAGACGCUGGCACUGCUUGAAAAGGAGAGAGAGGAUUGUGUAAAGGCCGAGGAGCUGGAACGACUGAGACAAGAGCAGCUCAAGGACAAGGUCGGGCAUCAGGAAGAGCUGAUCUCAGAGCUGCAGAGAGAGCUGGAGAAGACUGGAUGUGACCAGAAGGAGAAAGAGCUGAAGGAAUGGAAAGAGCGAUGGUGCUCCGCCUCAGAGAGCCUCCGGCACGCACACACACAGCUCCAGCAGGCCCAAGACAGCCGAGACCAGGCCAUCAGCAGCCUGGAAAUACAGCAGGAGAAGAACCGCAGCCUGCAGGAUGAUGUGAAUAGACUCCACACUGUGCUGGUAGAAGAGCAGUCCACAGUCUCCAGGCUGCAGCGUGAGCUACAGGAAGCAGAGCAUCAGAGGGAUCUCCUGGGCUCCAGAGUAGCUGAGCUGAACUGUGACAUCCAGCAGAAAGACUGCAGGUGGCUUGCAGAGCAGGACGAGGUGUCCAGUAGAGAUGAGACGAUCCUGAGACUGAUGGCAGACCUGCGGGCCGCUCAGGAGAAUCUGACCGCUGCACAAGAGGAGCUGGCAGAGCAGCUGCAGCAGAUCACGUCUAGGGAAGAGGAGGUUGUGGCCCUGCAGAAGGAGAUGAGCAGACUUCAGGAGAUUCUGACACAGAAAGAGGAGGUGAUGGAGACGAACAAACACAACACUACACAGCUCCAGCGAGAGACAGACUCCCUUUACAAACAGUGUGAAGUCCAAAAGGAGGAGCUGUGUGAUCUGCGUGAGGAGGUGCAGCGCUGGAAGCAGGAGACGCAGGAACAGAAGGAGAGCCGGGUGAAGGAGGUGCAAGCCCUUAAGGAAGAGCUGCAGAGCGCACAAAGCCGUCUACAGCAGCACAGAGAUAACCUGGAGAGUCUCUGCCGAGAGCUGGAGACGGCCCACAGACAGCAGAGAGACACUGAGGAUGAGGCCUCCUGCAGGGCGGCAGCUCUCCGUAGUCAGGAUGCAGAGUUGAUUGAGCUGAAGGCAGGUCUACUCGAGGCUGAGAAACUGGCCACAGACGCAGAGGCCCGACUGCAACCUCUUAGCGAAUCCCUCGAGCUCUGCAAACACAAGUACCAGGCCUGCCUCAGCAAGAUCGCACAGCUAGAAAACACACUGCAUAGCCGGGAGGAGGACCUGAAAGAGGCCCACAAUCAGGUGGCACAGAGGGAUGAACAGGUCCUCCGUCUGAGGGCUCAGGUUGCAUCUCUGCAGGGGGAUCUGCAGGUACACUGCGCCCAGCUGGAGAGUGGAGACGAUGCCCUCGCCGCACUGAGCCAGCAGCUCCGAGACACGCUGGGAGAGCUGGAGCACAGCCGUAAACACAGCCAGGAGUGUGAGGUGCUCAUCAGCACUCUCAGAGACACCGCUGCUACCCUUCGCCGACAGGCUGAAGAGCAAGAAGAGAUGGUAGUGAAGACACAGGCUGAUUUUUCCAUCUACCGCGCCACUCACAUUCAUGCCAACUCAGACUACGAAUCCCAGCUGUCCCGCGUCCAGGAACUAGAGCACGCGCUGUUCCAGUCGCUGGAGCGCUGCGGUCAGAGCGCCCAGGAGCUGCGGGUCUGCCAGCUGGAGUUGGUGCGGCACCGAGAUGCCAGUACGGCAGAGGUGCAGCGGCUGCAGGAGCAGGUGAGGAAGCUCCAGGCGGGUGCAGUGGAUGAGGGCCAGAGACGGGCACAAGUUGAAUCUCUGGAACAUAAGGUAGCCAAUCUGGAAGGAGAGCUACAGGCAACUCAAAGGCAGUGUGAACAGGCUAUCCAGAAGAGAGACGCCCUACUGAGACAGUCCGAGGCUGAUCUUCUGCAGGCGCGGGAGAAGAUCCGAAGCAAGGCUGCAGAGGCAGAGAGACAGGCCGUCUCUGCUCGAGGGCUGGAAGCUGAUCUGCAGAGAGCCAAGAAAGAGAAAAGGCAGAGGGAGAAAGAGUGCGCCUCACUCAAAACACAGAUGCUACAGCUAAGAGAACAACUGAAGGAGGCUCACGCCACCUGCAGAGACACGGCUCAGGAGCUGACGCGGCAACAGGAAAAAGUGCAGCUGUUGGAGGGAAGUCAGCGUCUGGCUCAGGAGCAGCUCUCAGAGCGUGUGACGGAGGUGGUGCGGGCAGAGAAAGCCCAGAGAAGACUCCAAGUGGAGUUCAAGAAAAUAACAGACAGUCUGGAAAGCACUCAACAGGAGCUGCAGGACUCAAGGAGACUGCUUGAGCAUGUGAAGGCAGAGGCCAGCAGCAGCAAACAGGAAGCCCUGAGACUCCAGCAGGAGAAACAACAGAUCCAGGAAGAGCUGGACAUCAGCAGAGAGACCCUCUCAGCCCUGCAGACUAAGCUGUGUGAACAGGAGAAGCUUCUAAACACACAUCAGGAGCAUGUUUCUGAGCUGCAGCUUACCAUUCACAAACUGCAGGAAGAAGAGGUGAACAGUCAGACUCAGCUGCACCUAUGCAGGAGAGAACUGGAGACCAAAGAUGAACAAGUGAAGAAACACUACCAAGAGAUGAGCACUCUGCAGGCUACGGUGUCCAGGCUGAAGCUGGAUCUGGAGCAGGAGCGGGAGAGGUGGCGACAGGGGGUACGAGAGGCAGCCAAGGCCGAUCAAAGAGGGAGAGAGCUGAGACUGGAGCUAAGCACAGCUCAGGCCUCUCAUAAAGAGUAUAUGGAGCUGCUGGCUGAGUACAGUCGAGAGGUGACUGCCCAGAGGAGUGAGCAGGCCCGUCUCCAGCAGUGCCUGGUCCAGCUGACAGAGGAGAGGGCGUCCCAAGAGGAGCGAGUCAGACAAAUGGGUGCAGAUCUACAGAGAGCACAUAGUGAGAGCAAGUGCUCUCAGGAGGAGGCUCGGGCAUGUGAGGGGCGACUGGAGGAGCUGCACACCCAGCUGGCACGCUCACAGCAGUGGGCACAGCAGCAGAUGACGUCCCUGCAGGCCAGCGAGGAGGAAGUGCUCAUGCUGAAGAUGGAGAUGGCCUCUCUCAGAGAGAAUUACACUGCUAAAGUAGCUCAGGUUGAGGCUUUGCUCUCACAGAUAGACACUGUUAAUCAGAAAUACAGCACAGCUGUGUGUGAGGCGGACGUUUUGCGGCAGUGUUUAGGAGAUGCACGGAGUGACAGCUCUCGACUUCACAGGGAAAGCGAGCUCGUCGUGACCAAUGUGAACCAAUGGGUGAAGGAGCAAAACAUCAUGGUUCAUUGUGACAGCAGCUCGCAGCUUCCUCACUGCAGCCCAUUAUCUCUGCCCCUGCUCCACUCCAGGCACACUAAUGAGAAACUGGCACUCAAGAUCAAAGACCAGAGCAGGAAGAUCAUCCACCUGACAGCUGAGAGAGAUCACCUUCAGGAGAAUGUCAAGGGUUUACAGGGGGAAAUCAGGAGGCUGAAAGCAGAGCUGGAUAAAGAGAAAAUGGAAGCAGAGCGACUGAAGUGAAGAAAAGAGGCAGAGGAAGAAGAAAGCGCUUCCUGACCAUCACCAGCGCAAGUCUGUGCCAGUCAGUGCCUGUGUCUGAAUCGACGUGGAUGGCUACAGAACUGUUUUCUGCAACAAAUUCACUCUUGGAUCCUUUCUUCAUCACUGACUCAAUGAGUUCUAGAAAUACAUGAUUAUCUAAUGAUGGCUGCUAAUUGACCUUAUGACAGACUGACAGGCCAAAUAGCCAGCUUUUGUCCAUCAAACAUACUGAAUUGUCCGUGUCAUACAAAUCUCUUAUUUGGCAAAAUUCCCAGCAUUAUGCAUUACUUGUUAUGGUACAUGUAAUUCAGAUAUUAUGCUGAGAGGCUAGUGAAUGGAGUUUUGUUUGUUCCUUUCCUGAAAUCAGUCAUUAGUCUUGAAAAAGGCAAGUAGAUUGCAUGCACAACUAAAUUUUUGAAUGAUCACCCAAAACAAAUCAUCUCUAUGUUUGCACAAAGGAGAGGAAUAGUAGAAUGCAGUGUGAUGAAUGUUUACAGAAUGGGGAAUCAUUAUGUUGCUGGUCAAACUGUCGAAAAUACUGGUUUACUUUGGUUGUUUUUACUUAAAGUUGUAUUUGAAUAUGUAAUUGUAUAUGAAUAUUUCUCAGUUAUGGUCUUUUACAUGCCAACAAAAUUUUGUUGUAGAUUGUGCAUACAAAAUCUCUAUUAUGAUUCUGAUGUUUGACCCACAAAUUUCAUGGUUAAAGUGAACAGACCCAAAUAGUUCAUGCAUAUGAAUUUUUGGGGGGGAUCUAACCCUUGAUCUUUCUGUUGUUAAUGCUGUGCUCUAGCACACAUGCUCAAAAUCAAACUUUAAUUACAUUUGUUUUUAAGUAGUUUGAUUUUUGGUUAGUUGUAUUGUAUUAUUUAAUAUCAGAUGAUUAUAUCUAGAAAGUUAACAUAGUACAAGGGAUAAAUAGCACUUGUCCUUCUUUAGCACACUGAUAUUCAUUCAUUUUACACUGGUUUAUUUGCUCCAUUAAAUACAAAGACCACAUACGUUUACCAAAAUUUAGCUUUAAGAAAAACACACAAAAAAAGUAUUUGUCUGUUUGAAUCUACAGAAAGUGUCCAUUACAUAAUUCUCCCAUUGUUCCAUUUUAUAUUAGGUGGCCUUAACUACUAUGCACUUGCAUUUAAAUGAAUCAGUUGAUGCAUUGCACUUACUGAGUACAUACAGUUGCAAUCAAAAUUAUUCAACUCCUCAGAGACUGCAGUACUUUAUAAAAAUUGCACUGAAGUUCGCAUUGUAUUUAUAUUAAAAGUGAUAAUGUCAAUAUAUAAUGUAAUGUUUUUGAGUUAUAGGAUUUGUCAUAAUUGUUCAACCCUGAUUCAACAUUGCUGUUUUUAAGUCACUAAUUUUUAUAGUAGGGAACAAAAUUGUCUUAAAACACACUUUACCCUUUAGAAACUCUGUUUAAAAAAAAAACUGAAUUAGCUUGGGCUGUUACACAUACAUGCGUUUAGCCCGUGCAUGUGCUGGAGUUGAGUAGCAAAGUCAACAAUGCUCUCACAAAAUCUAUAGAGAAGAAAUAGUUUUAUUAUAUUAGAAAGUCUAAGGCUACAUGAAGACUUCCAAGACAUUAAAAGUUCCUAGAGGCUCAGCCUCUUUAGUUUUAAGUGUGAUGUACCAGAAAACCUUUGAGGGUGUUGAACAAAAAAAGCACAAUAUUAUAAAAUGUUUGAUCUGAGCAACUGAGAAAAACCUGCAAUGUACAGCCAAAGACUUGAAAGAUGACCCAGCAAAAGGAGGAACAUUUCAAUGCAGAGUAUAAGAUGAAUACCAGACAAGUAUGGCCUUCAUGUUGAGACAUCUUGCCGAAUGCCACUCUUGACCCAAAAAGAAAAAAACAGACUUGCUAAAAUUGCUAAAAUUCAUUUGGAUAUACUUGUGAAGUUCUGGAAGAAUGUUUUAUGGAGUGAUGGAUCAGUGGUAUGUCUGGUGAAAAAAAGGUAAAGCUUUUUAGCAAAAGAACACCAUGUCAAUCCUCAAACAUGGAGGUGGGCUAGUCCUGUUAUGGGGUUGUUUUACUGUAGCAGGAAGUGGAAAUCAUGACCGUAUGAAG